CCCCAUUCACUAAAAAGUAGUUUGCUUUCUCCCCUCUUUAAAAAAGCUGUUAAUAGUAAAUCUCUCUCUCUCUCUCUUAUAGCAACAUUUUCAUUUCUUUGCUUACUGAAACAUCUCUCCUCUCUCCAAGUCUCGCUCAUUUCCAGGGUUUCGUGUGCUGAAAAUUGUUGUAUUACUGCCAUGCUCAAGCAAAUCCUUAGCAAAAUUCCCCGCAAGUUCCCCAAAUCUGAUCCUUUGGAUUCUACUGGGAUUGAUUGUGGCAAUGAUUCUACCUGCUCGGGCCCAUCUACAAAUGGUGGGAAUUCUUUUUCUAGUCGGUUGAAUGUUGUUAAACGGGUAUCUUCAGCAGUAUUUCCUGCAAGCAUAAUGGCUGGAAUGGAGGCAGUGGAUCCCCAUCUAUCCUUCAAAGAUGUCUCAAACCUGCAGAAGCAAAACCUUUUUGUCAGUAAAUUAAACCUUUGUUGCGAGGUUUCUGACUGCAGUGAUCCAGAUAAAAAUGCUGUUCAGCAAGAUCUUAAACAUCAAGUGCUUAUAGAUCUUGUUGAUUUUGUUUCAUCCGGAUCUGCUAAGUUUACUGAACCCGCAAUUGCUGCAAUUUGUAAAAUGUGUGCAAAUAACCUGUUUAGGGUUUUUCCACCCAAGUAUCGUACUGUUAACACAGGUGGGGAAACAGAAGAUGAAGAACCAAUGUUUGAUCCUGCUUGGUCACAUUUGCAAAGUGUGUAUGAUCUACUCCUUAGGUUUGUUAGUUCUGUUGAUGCCAAGGCUGCUAAGAAGCAUGUUGAUCAUGCUUUCAUAUUGAGAUUACUUGAGCUUUUUGAUUCUGUGGACCCAAGAGAAAGAGACUGUUUGAAAACCAUUCUGCAUAGAAUUUAUGGAAAGUUCAUGGUGCACCGGCCCUUUAUCCGAAAAGCAGUUAGCAAUAUCAUCUAUCAUUUUGUCUUUGAAACUGAACGUCAUAAUGGAAUUGCUGAGCUGUUGGAAAUUUUUGGGAGUGUUAUUAGCGGGUUUGCAUUGCCACUGAAAGAGGAACACAAAAUUUUUCUCUGGAGGGCUUUGAUUCCUCUGCACAAACCAAAAUCAGUGGGUAUUUAUCACCAGCAACUAUCUUAUUGUGUUGUACAGUUUAUAGAAAAGGAUCCAAGGUUGACUAGUCCUGUGAUUAAGGGACUGUUGAAGUAUUGGCCUGUGACUAACAGCCAGAAGGAAUUGAUGUUUAUAAGUGAGCUAGAAGAAAUAUUAGAGAUGACUGGUAUGGAUGAGUUUCAAAAGAUCAUGGUCCCCCUAUUUCGGCGAAUAAGACGCUGCCUCAAUAGCUCUCAUUAUCAGGUGGCUGAACGAGCUCACUUGCUAUGGAACAAUGAACGGAUCCUUAAACUUAUUGAACAUAACCGUCAGGUUAUUGUGCCUCUUGUCUUCUCAGCUCUUGAGCAGAACACCCUGAAUCACUGGAACCAAUCAGUGCUUAUUCAGACACAGCAUAUUAGGAAGAUGUUCUGUGAGAUGGAUGAAGAACUAGUGCUAGCCUGCCAACGUAAGCUGGAGGAGCAAGACUCUUUGUCAAGUGUGGAAGCUGAGAAGCGGAGAUUGACUUGGGAGCGCCUGGAAAAUGCUGCAGAUCUACAACCUAGAGCUGAUAAUAUUUUACCUGUCUCGUGCUCUGUUACCUGCUAGGUGUUUGAGGGAUGCCAUGUGGGAAGCUAAAAAAAAACAUAUAUAUUAGCAGCUCUCAUUGCAAUGUUGCAAGAGGAAGGAGUUUGGGAUGCUAGAAGGAUUGGUCUGUGCUAAGGUGAUGUAUUAUAGUGUUAUUAAGUGGUAAUACAGCUGCCUCUUGAAGGUUUGUUUGGCACAUGGGGGGAGUUCAGUUGGAUUGGAAGAGCCUCGUAGCGUGCAAUUAUGCAUGUGUAUUGACACUUCUAUCAUUAUCGAAGGGCUCUUUAUUUUGCCUGUAUUUUAUUCUUUAAUUGAUGAGUUGUGUUCUUGUUUCCGA